CCGAUAAAUUUGUUUAGAGAUAUAUGUACGCACUGUCUGCCUGACUUUUUGCUACUCUCUGUAAGUCUGAUUGCAACUGUUUGUUGUAGAUAUUUUCUGCUUCUGAAACCAAAUCCAUUUACAAGUGAUUGUGUGUUUGAUUAAUUGUUCAGCCGAUCUCGGCGGGGUAAUUUACGAUUUCAGUGAAAAAAUAACGAAAGAUCUGUGACAUUCAAUUUUUUUGAGUUAACUCCAUAUAUCAAUCCUAUUUAUACUUGUCUUAGUUUUACCUCGGAUUGCGACGUGACUCUCUGUACCCAUGGCUCUGCUGGACGUCGGACCAGAGCAGCACAGGAAGGUGUUGUUGCCGGUGGAUGAGAGCGAUCACUCUCUGCGCGCGGUGGAGUGGUACUUCAAAUUUGGCAAACUGCCUCAUGACUUCGUGGUGAUGUUCCACUGUAUGGAUACCGGCAACAUUCUCUCCUCUAGCGGAUACAUGUGGGCAGGUCCCCUUCAAAUGACUGCAGUUGAGAAUAUGCUUAAGGAGAAAGAGCAGGAGGUGAAAGAACUCAAACUGAAGUACGUCAAUCUGCUCAACGUCAACAAUGUCCAAGGCGAGUUCCUCCACUCUUCGGCUCUCCAUCAUGCGGGCGAGGCCAUUAUUGAUGUAUGCGAGAAGAGAAGCGUAGAUUACGUCAUCAUGGGCAACAGAGGCAUGGGUGCGAUAAGGAGGACCUUUCUGGGCAGUACCAGCGACUACGUCUUGCAUCAUGCUCAUAUUCCGGUCACUAUUGUUCCACCUACAUUGAAAAAAGGCAAAUCCGAAUAGAACUGCAAAAAAUCUUAAAGAAGCACCAAAUGGGCAAACUAGCUGAAAACGGUUGAUGAAACACGAACUGAUAAAUGGUCAACUCAGCUAAUGAGAAUUGAAUCGUAAAAACAUAAUUGCAAUAGUGAAAUCUUA